AACAAACCCCGAUAACAAUGGACGUCGCCCAAUCAAGUACGGAGCCCCUCCGGGUUUGCAUUCGCAUCCCGCUGAAAUACAUUCCUGGCGAACAUUUCAGACGACCGGAUCGACUCGGUCAACUAUUUUGCAAGUCUCAUCUCCGCCGCCCUUUAUGUACGAAAGAAGGACAUGAUUACAUACACAUUCCACCAAACUUCGACGGCGAAGGAGACGUGAAGUGUUGGUUCAUCUUGGAUUUCAACGUAUCAGGGCCCAUUGAUAGUAGGGAGUUACUGGAGCAAGUACGCCACGAAUGUUACCAAGGGUGCCUUCUCGACGAUGGCCAAUUAGUAUUCGAACCGUAUUCUAAAUCAAAGGAGGGACCAAUUUUCGCCUACGUACGGAUUUUUGCCUGGGGUGGACUGGAGGGAGAGAAUUCGACAACGUGCAAGACUUAGCCAGACCUGCCUUCCUUGCACUCUGAGAUGCAUCUUGCCCUCGUCCCCAAACUUCGUCUUCCUUCUCAUUUCCGAACUACCUCGUAGCUUCUCCGGCCGCGGGGUGCAUUGGACAAACGCGGUGAAGCAAGAAAAUAAAAGGUCGAACGGUUUGGAUUAGAGAGCGGUCCGACAAAGUGAUGUUAUCAGGCUGAAUGGCGUUCGUUUUGCGCUCGAUUGCUAACCAGAGAGAUACACUACUCCGCAAUAUGAAGGUGAUUGUAGCCAUCAACAGUUCUAUAGCAUACCUAUCGCGAUGACCCGAAUAUGGUGCAGGCUGACCUCGCACUUGACGCCUGGCCAGCCUCAGGCAAAGAUCUGAC